AUGAAGCGCAGCCAAGGACGAUCCGCCGGCGGCAGCCGCGCAGCUUUUGGCGCCGGGUUCGGUGGCUUUGGUGGGCAGGGUUCGGGCAGCUCCCUCUCAUAUCUAACCGAGCCACCCUCCUUUACUGCUAUUGCGGACCCCAAUACUGUCGUCUCUCUGAAGAACGUUCUGAAAAAGGACAGCACGACAAAGACUAAAGCUCUCGAUGAGCUGCUGGCCUACGUCCAGGCUCACCCCCACGACAAGGAUGGCGGGGUAGAAGAUGCCAUCCUCGACGUCUGGACCCAAGUUUACCCCCGCGUAUCCAUCGAUAAUGCCCGCCGUGUCAGAGAGCAGUCUCAUCAAUUACAGUUUGAGCUUGUCAAGUCUGCGCGCAAGCGCAUGGAACGCCAUAUUCCCAAGGUCGUCGGCGCAUGGCUCGCCGGUCUCUAUGAUCGCGAUCGUGCCGUUGCUCGUGCUGCCAGCGAUGGUCUCGGUUCUUUUCUAACAAGUCCUGAAAAGGCGGAUGCCUUCUGGAAAAAGUGCCAGCCUCAAAUCCUGGCUUUUGCUCUAGAGGCUAUCCAGGAGACCCAAGACAGCUUGAGCGAUGAGCGUUCCACAACAAAAGAAGAUGCCGAGGCCAAGUACUUUCGAGUCAUAAAUGCGAGUCUAUCGCUCGUCCUCAGACUCCUCCAGCGAAUGGAUGAUUCUGACAUGGAUCGCUGUCGAGAUAGCUACGACGAGUAUUUUGCUAGUGACUCUGUCUGGAAAAGUAUCACAGUCGCCGACCCAUCCGUGCGAAGAAGCACUUGUCAACUUCUUGUCUCCUGCCUCGAUCGCAAGCUAUCCUAUGCAGACUCUGUAGAGUGCAGACAGGCCAUGAUUACUGGUGGCCUCAAGACUUCACAGGUCGGAUCUGCAAACGAGUACAUUCUCGCCCUCGCCAAACUCACCAAAAAUCAUCCGGCCAGCUGGGAGGCUUCUACUAAGAGCAAGAAGUCUUCAACAGCACGACUACAUGCAUUUAUUGCGAAAGGUUCACAGGGCAGUCGUGCCAUUUUCUGGGAGUCUUUAGAUACUUUGUUGUCUCUGCUUCCUCGCAGUGUCGUCAAUCUAGACUCAGAAUCUGAGCUGCUAAGUUCGUUGCGCUCCGGAAUCGAGCACCGAGAAGAGCCUCGCUCCAACGCGGAGCUCGCUUGGAAAUGCUAUUCGAAUGCUGCCCAACGAGCGCUCCAGUCCUUGAACGAAACUGAUGCUUGCGAAUUGGUCAAGUCUCACAUAUUCCCUCUUCUCGAGAACUUUUUGUAUCUCCCUGCGGGCCGCAGCUCAUCUAUUGGUCUAGGUACCUUGGGUGAUAUUUAUGGCGCUGCAACUGCCUCGUCUCCCGCAGUUGCUACCGCCGUAGGAGAGGAGCUUACUCGACUGGGUGCAAAGCUUUGCACGCACUUGUCUGGCUCCCUUCCUAGUGUUUCGAAAGAAUAUCAAAGCUCGCAAGAAAAGGUUGGGCAAGAAGGCCGUCGCUGGUUCCAACUUUCAAAGGAACUGCAUCAGCGCUCCAAGUCGGGCAUUCCAUCAGAACUAGUCGAUCAGCCCUCUCUUACUAUUAUCUCUCAAUGCGUAUCGCUUCUGGAGAGCCGAAACAUGAAGCCAUUUGGUGCUGCAAGGACGUUGGAACAAGCUCUUCGAUCUACGCCUCAUCUGUUUUCAGGAGAUGCUGGCGUCCGCAUUUCCAACUUCUUCCUCGCGGCCGCCGAAGACUACAUGGACAAGUUAGUGGAGUCAUCCUCAGCCGCGAUACUUUUGACUUGCUUGGACUUGUCAUCCUCCAUAGAAAAUCUCAGCACCUUGUACAAGUCCACUUGGAGAGCCUGGGUAAAUGAGACGCUUUCACUAACGCCAGGCGAGAAACGUAACGACGUUCUGGCCGGCCUUAUCUCGCAAAAGGCUGCUGCAGACCUUGCUCAGUCUAAUCAAGCAGUGCAAGCUCAAGUUCUAGAGCAGGCAACUGCAGCUGUAGACGGUACCGGUGGCAGCAAGAGUCUUUUGGCAGCAGCUGUCAGCUCUGGCACUUUUUCUAGUGAACACAUUCAGACACUUGCCAAACAUGCGAUCGACGUGCUGCAACAGAAGCCUAGCGCGGGACCUCUGGAUAUUCUGGCAAUCGUGGCUAGCGAAGAUCCAAAGCUUCUCUCCGAAAAUGAUGAUUUACAUACCUCGUUAGUCGCCGUUCUGCUUGGCUUGUCUGAGCUCGACGGAAAUGCAUCUGUUGCUGGCAAAGCGGCCAAAGUCCGCGCUCUCAUGGAUCAGCAUACCGACAGCAAGCUGCCCACGGUCGGCAUCAUUUUAUCCAAUCUCGAGCGUGCAACCCCCCAAUCACUCGACAUCGAAACUCUGGUCAAGCAAGCCAAAGAGGCUAGCUCCACUGCCGUACCUUUAGAAAACCUGCUUCCGAGCACCAACAUUUGGAUGGAACAGCUCAAGCCAUUCUUUGAUCUGCCCAUUAACCCGGUUCUCUCCAUCAGCAGCCCCAUUGGCGGAGCUACUACCUUGUCCACCUCGUCUCCCACUCUUACCAAAAAGACCCUUCGCGUGCCCCGUGACAGACGCGGACGCUCUGUUCCCGCACGAAUGGCCAUUUACCUGUCACUGCUGACCACCGAGGGCAUAGACCUGACCAAGCUCCCUUCACAAUUCCUAGUUGAGCUUCUAUAUCUCCAGUGUAUAACUGUCCAGCUCAUCUCCGAUCAAAUCACGCUCGGGGAUAGGAAUGGUCUUUUCUUCAACCUCGAUAGCGAGGAAAGCAUGCGUGAAGCGGACACCGUAAUUAUCUCUCUACGAUUACUACUCAACAAAUACACAGCAGAGAAGGAAUGGUGGGUGACUGGAAAGGGAGACUCCGAAGCAGAACUGAUUCGUGAACUGGCCAAUCUUUUGGUUCGGCAGUCAAAGUCGCUUUCGCCAUCCGCUGCUUACAGUUCUCGGGCCCUUAGCGAAGUUCUUCAAGCAACUGCAGAAUCGCAAGGCUUAUCUACUUCUCUGGAAGAGCAUUUUGUCAAAUCCGAAUAUCUCAAGUCUACCUCCGACACUGUUCUCGUCAGUGCUGCCAUUCUUGCGGGACUUGGCGAGUCUCUGCAGGCGUCAAAGCAAAUUAGUACUUUUUGCAAUCGGCUUGUUAGCGACGUGGCCGGUGCAUCGGCUGACGGCGAGAGAACAAAGUCGAUAUUGUCGCUUCUCACUCUCUGCUCUCGGCUGUACGAAUCCGGAGGCUUGCCUGUUGCAAACAAUCGCAUAGUGUUUGCCGUGCGUCAGAUCACCAGUUGGCUCGAGGAGCCUGAGCUUUUGGAUGCACAGAUUUCCACCGAGAUCUGCCGCACCCUCGCCAGCCUACUUCCGUGCAUGAAAGACGUAUACGGCUCGUAUUGGGAGAAGACGGUCGCUUUUUGUCUUGACACAUGGCGCAACGAAUCCGAAUUCGACCUUGAGGACCUGCUGCCGCUGGUGCAUGCGUCGCUGAAGCUAGGACGGGUCCUCGAAACUAUUUCAGAGCCAAAUGAUGACAUGGAGGACGCGCUCAAGGAUCUUGACGCUGACAAGCCAGCGGCUCUGGUGGAGCUUAUGAGGCUUCUCCGUGACGUGGAUGCCCCUGCGGCUGAGAUUGUGACCACGGUUUUGUCAAGAGAGGUAGGCAAGAUCAAGGUGCGCCAAAUCCCCGAUUUAGGAGAUAUAUACCCUCUGCUUGCUUCCGAAUCUCGAGACAUCCAGACAGCCGCCUUUGGUUUACUGCACCGAGCGAUCCCAGCACAGCAGGAACAAGCAUCUGUGGACGUGCUAUUGGAUAAGAUGGACGCUCGACUGCCUGACGAACUGCUUUCUCUGCUUCUGGAUGCACCCACGCUGGAAAGCUACUCAGACGAGAGUCUCACGCAAUUUCCGCUGGCUAUUCGCUGCUAUCUUCUUUCAUGGAAGCUCGUAUUUGACGCAUUUUCAGGUGCAUCAUUCAAAGUACGAAAUGACUUUGCCGAGAAUCUGAAGACGGAAAACUACGUCGGCCCGUUGCUCGACUUUACAUUUGACGUGCUCGGUCAUUCGGCGGCGCAUGCUUUGAAUCUGGACAAGGAGAACCUCUCGUCGGAGCAUAUUUACAACUACGAUAUUACGCUUGCCGACGCCGACACGGAAGAAAAGAGCAUGCAGUGGCUCCUAGUCCAUCUGUAUUACCUAGUUCUCAAGUACACCCCCGGCCUGUUUCGUACCUGGUAUAUUGACUGCCGGUCCAAGCAAACGCGCAUCGCUGUCGAGGCGUGGACGACCAAGUACUAUUCGCCGCUGAUUAUCGGCGACAACCUGGACGAGGUGCAACAGUGGGCGGAUGCGCAGGAGCCGCCCGCCAUGGACGAGCAGGAGCUGCAAGUCCGCGUCUCCAAGGCGGCGCGCGAGGUGACGGCCGGCUACGAGGUGGAUGAGUCGCAGGCCUCGAUUGUCAUCAAGGUACCCGCCAGCUACCCCAUUGAAAGCGUGACCGUCUCGAGCCUGAAUCGCGUAGCCGUGACGGAUCGCAAGUGGCAGAGCUGGAUCAUGACGACACAGGGCGUCAUUACCUUUUCCAAUGGCAACAUUAUAGAUGGCCUGCAAGUGUUCAAGCGCAACAUUAUCGGCGCGCUCAAGGGCCAAUCCGAGUGCGCCAUUUGCUACAGCAUCAUCUCGACGGACAAGCGCAUGCCGGACAAGCGCUGCACGACGUGCAAGAACCUGUUCCACAGAACCUGUCUGUACAAGUGGUUCCAGAGCAGCAACCAGAACACGUGUCCGCUGUGCAGAAACCCGAUUGACUACUUGGGCGCAGACACGCAAAAGAGGCGACAGUAA